AUGGCACGCGUCGCGCUCGCGUCGUCGCCAUGGCGGCCGCACGCGACGCCGGCGCUGAUGGGCGGCAUGGGGAGCAGACUCGCGAGGGUUCGACGCGCGUCGGCGCCGUGCCCGCCACCGCACGUCCGCGGGAGGCACGCUACCCCGGACAACAACUUUCUCACGUGGUGCGAGGAGAACUUUGAGCGAGGACUCCUGAAGGAGUACGUCGACCCGGACAGGGGACCGACGGAGGUGACGCGGGGGUCGCACUACAGAGCGCUGUGGAAGUGCGCGGCGUGCGGCUACGAGUGGCGGGCGAUGGUGAACAACCGCACAAUCCACGCCCAGGGGAUGCCCGGCGUGCUCGGGCCGAGUCGCCAGCUCGACGAACAACUUCGUCGCGUGGUGCGAGAAGAACGGCGAGCUAGGGAAGAAACUCCUCGAUGA